AUCUAAAUACACACAGCUAUACAUGCAAAUAAACAUACAUACAUACAGUACAUGCAGUUCAUUCAUACAUACUCUAUAUCAUACAAUUAUUUGACCCUCAAUCAUUGGUGAUAGAUAUUGUGUGAGUUUAACUUUCUAUCGUACAUUAUAAUCACUGAAUAUUAUUUAUUUUACCCUGAGCCAUAUGGAAAUUAGGUCUUUGGUGUUUAUUUCUGGCUAUUAGAUUCCUCUCUCCUGGAACAUAUACAAAGGUAUCCUCUCCAGUACAGAGUUUUUAUUUUUUGCCCAGGAUUUGUCUGUAGUUCAUUACAGUGUACUCUUAGGGCCGCUGUUGACCAGCGUGUUGAUGUUUUCCAGCAGAUUUAAAGAGAAACGUCCCCCAUCACGAUGAUAUCAGACAGAGAAAGAAAGGCAGGGUUAUAACGUCGACGCACACUAAAAAGGACAACAGUGCAGUGGCUCUUUUUUAACCGAUGUGGAUUAAUAUUGUUUGACUUCUGGAUUUCUAAUGGACUUUACAUUUUCUGCCUUUUUGGGACACAAUUCAUCGUAGUAAAUUGCGCGAGGACAAUGUCGGGCAGAACAAUGAGACGGCAAGUACUGUGGUUUUUCCUGGUCCUUUAUGUCAGUUCAGGACUCGGCCAAGUCAGCUACUCCAUCCCUGAGGAAAUGCCGAGUGGCUCUUUAGUCGGUAAUAUAGCUCAGGAUUUGGGUUUAGAUGUAAAACGACUGAAAUCAGGCAAAGCUCGUGUUUAUACGGGGGACAGUGCGGGGUACAUCCAGCUGAACAAGGAACGAGGAGUCCUCCUUGUCAAAGACAGAAUCGACAGAGAAGCGAUCUGCAGACAAACGACGCCCUGUGCUUUACAUUUUCAGAUUAUUUUAGAGAACCCGAUGGAGUUCUACAGCGUCACUGUCGAAAUAACAGACAUAAAUGAUAAUCCGCCCACAUUUGAAAAAAACGAAGUCAGUUUCAAGAUCAGCGAAUCUGCUGUUAUUGGAGCUAAAUUUGUUUUAGAUAGAGCAAUAGAUCUUGAUGUCGGCAAAAAUGGUCUUCAGAAAUACGAGCUUAAGCCCACGGAUAAUUUUGUUCUUAAACGGGACAGUCAUGGUGACGGAACAGAAAAGACAGAAAUGAUUUUACAGAAGCCUCUCGACAGAGAAAAGGAGGAGUUGGUGUCUUUGGUUUUAACAGCCUUUGAUGGAGGAGACCCGCAGAUGUCGGGAACUAUUCGCAUUUCCAUCACAGUUUUAGAUGCCAAUGAUAAUGCUCCUGUUUUUUCACAGUCCACCUACACAGCCACUGUUUUUGAAAAUGCCCCAGAAGGGACAGCUGUCACCAGCGUGACUGCAACAGAUGCAGACCACGGAGCGAAUGGUCAGAUAAAAUAUUCAAUCGCCAACAGUUUAGAUCAAGCUCAUGCAUUGUUUCAGAUAAACGAAGACAGUGGUGAAAUUAGGUUGAUUGGAAAUAUCGAUUAUGAAACUGCGCGGAAUUACCAUAUCAACAUACGUGCAAGUGAUGAUGGUGGACUUACAGAUUCAUGUAAAGUCAUUGUUGAAGUAGUGGAUAUGAACGACAACAAACCAACUAUUAAUAUAAUGUCGAAGUCAAAUGUGAUAUCUGAACACUCUAAACCGAAAACUGUUGUAGCGAUGAUGAACGUUCAAGACCCGGAUUCAAAUGAAAACGGUAAAGUUAACUGUUUUAUCAACGAUAACACUCCAUUGACCAUAAUGUCGACAUCAAAUAAAUUCUAUAGUUUAGUGACAGACAAUGAAUUAGACCGAGAGAGAUCCUCUGAGUAUAAUAUCACAGUGACCUGCUCUGAUGAGGGAGUGCCCUCCCUCUCCAGCAGCGUCACUCUCACCUUACAAAUCUCUGACGUGAAUGACAACGCGCCUGUCUUUGAGAGGAGCUCAUAUGAGGCCUACAUUGUAGAAAACAACACACCAGGUCUCUCUGUAUUCACAGUGAAAGCCAGAGACGCUGACUGGAACCAGAAUGCCCGUGUUUCUUACAUACUGGAGGACUCCUCUGUUAACGGAGUGCCAGUCUCCUCAUAUGUGUCCGUUAGUGCUGAUAGUGGAGUCAUCCAUGCAGUGCGCUCUUUUGACUACGAGCAGAUCAAAGAUUUUCACUUCCGAGUCAAAGCUCAGGAUGGAGGCUCUCCUCCACUCAGUAGCAACGUGACUGUGAAAAUACUGAUCCAGGACCAGAACGACAACCCCCCUCAGGUUCUGUACCCAGUCCAGACUGGUGGCUCUCUGGUGGCUGAACUGGUGCCUCGUUCAGCAGAUGUGGGCUAUCUGGUCACUAAAGUGGUGGCUGUUGAUGUGGACUCUGGACAGAAUGCCUGGCUCUCCUAUAAACUGCAGAAAGCCACCGACAGGGCGCUGUUUGAAGUGGGCUCACAGAAUGGAGAAAUAAGAACUAUCCGUCAAGUCACUGAUAAAGACGCAGUGAAACAAAGACUGACUGUUAUAGUGGAGGACAACGGGCAGCCCUCUCGUUCAGCUACAGUCGUUGUUAACGUGGCGGUGGCGGACAGCUUCCCUGAAGUGCUGUCGGAGUUCACUGACUUUACGCACGACAAGGAGUACAACGACAACCUGACUUUUUACUUAGUGUUGGCUCUGGCUGUAGUUUCCUUCCUCUUCAUCACGUGUGUAGUGGUUAUUAUCUCAGUGAAAAUCUACAGAUGGAGACAGUCCCGCGUCCUGUUUCACUCCAAUCUCCCUGUGAUUCCAUAUUAUCCACCACGUUACUCAGACACUUUGGGGACAGGGACUCUCCAACACGUGUACAAUUACGAGGUGUGCAGGACGACUGACUCCAGAAAGAGUGACUGUAAGUUCAGCGGAGCUGGUAGUCAGAACGUGCUGAUAAUGGACCCCAGUUCUACAGGGACGAUGCAGCGGAUACAGAGUGAAAAGAGCAUCCUGGAUGAACCAGACUCUCCUCUAGAGGUUAGACUGCAAAGUUUAUACUGAAUACUUACAUUUUUGUAUUUUUAAGUGACCAUUAUUUCUUGUUUCUAUUUCAUAUAAAACGUGUUUUUUUUCUUAUUAUUUGUUUGGAUGACAAAGAGCUCCAGUAAAUAGAAACGAUAUUUUGUUCCUUGCACUCAUUUGAAUCUCAUUGAAGUUUCAACCACUAUUAAUAAUAUUCUGUAAAUAAGUAAAUAAUAUUUUCUAGGACU